AUGCAAUUACUGCACUUUAAUGACUCUGGAAGACUGGUCUUAACAGACUUCGCCAAAAGAACAAUUCCGCCGUAUGCAAUCCUGUCACAUAGAUGGUGGGGAGACGACCUUGAGGUCCACUACCAGGAAGUACUAAACAACACCUAUGCAAGCAAGGAUGGCUACCGCAAGAUCAAAUUUUGCGCCGAACAGGCUACCCAAGAUGAACUACAGUACUUUUGGGUUGACACAUGUUGCUUCGACAGAUACAACAGCCGUGAACGCUCGAAUGCGGUCAACUCGAUGUUCCGUUGGUAUCAGAACGCCGCAAAAUGUUACGUAUUCCUUUCCGAUGUGUCAGUAGCUACUGCGACAGAUGCCCAGCAGCAAAGUACGUGGGAAGCACGUUUCCAGGCAAGCGAAUGGUUUACCCGAGCUUGGACGCUUCAAGAACUUAUUGCUCCAGCAUCAGUCGAAUUCUUUUCUUCUGAAGGUCAGCGACUGGGAGAUAAGGAAUCCCUCCUGCAAUUAAUACACGACAUAACUAGCAUUCCAUUAGAGGCUUUACAGGGCUGUCCUCUGGAGAAGUUCAGUGUCUCCGAUCGAAUGACGUGGGCCCGAACCCGCAAAGCGACCGAGCCAGAAGACCAUGCAUAUUGUCUUCUUGGAGUUCUCAACGUACAAAUACCUCUCACAUACGGUGAAGGAAAAGAGAAAGCAUUAAGCAGGCUUCAAGACGAGGUUAAACACUCGGAUGCCACCCCAUCUAUCAUUCCUUUCUCCCGAAACGAACGAUUCGUCGGACGUCAGCCACAACUCGCUAAAGUGGAAGCCAUCUUGUCUGCCAGCAACCAAAAUACAAGAAUUGCAAUAACAGGAGAAGGAGGAACAGGCAAAUCACAGUUGGCGCUCGAGAUUGCAUACAGGAUAAAGGAAAAGGACAAGGCAUGCUCGGUCUUCUGGAUCGACGCAAGCGACAUCGACAGUAUCCACCAAGCAUAUGCAAAUAUCGCUCAAAAGCUUGAGCUCCCUGGUUGGGAGGAUGAAGAAGCGGAUGCUAAGCAGCUAGUGAAACUUCAUCUGGACGGAGAUGAUGCGAAACAUUGGCUAUUUAUCUUCGACAACGUGGACAGCCUAGCCUUUGAAGAUGCAGGACCUCUCACACCACAAUCGAGCAGCUUAAUCGACCACCUUCCCCAGUCCAAAUUUGGGUCCGUCAUCUUCACAACAACGAAUAACGACGUAGCCCAGUCCUUAGCGCUACACAAUAUCGUAGAACUACAUGAGAUGGCACCGGAUACAGCCCAAGAAAUGUUUGAGAACCACCUGAUCAUCCCAGUCCCGACGAACGAAAAGCAGGAGACGAAGCUUUUGCUAGAAAGGCUAUCAUAUCUUCCGCUAGCAAUCGCGCAGGCAGCAGCCUAUAUCAACAACAACGAGAUAAAAGUUAAGGAUUACCUAUCGCUGUCAGCUACGCAGAAUAUGGAUGCGUUCCAGAUUAGCAGCAACCUAUUAGAAGACAAGUUGCACGACCAUAUCAUCCCAAGGUCUGUUAUGAUAACAUUACUCAUCUCACUGGAUCAAAUACGCCACAGUCACGUAAUGGCCGCCGACUUUCUCUCUCUUAUGGCCUGCGUAGACCGAAAGGACAUCUUGUUAGAUUUUCUAACACCAACCUGGUCGCAGGAAAGGGAAGACGCAAUUGGAAUUCUUAGUGAUUACGCAGUUGUCACAAGGCGACCUGCAGUAUCAGCGGUUGACCUUCAUCGACUAGUACAUCUUGCAGUACGAAGGUGGAUUAACAAGCACAGUUCACUUGACGAGUGGACCGGGAAAGCUAUUAGGCACUUGGUGGAAGUGUUCCCAGACCAUCAUCAUGGGAAUAGAAGCAAGUGGAGACGGUUAUUGCCUCAUGCUAAGUAUGCUUUGUCACAUAGUCCAGUCGAUCCAGACAAUGAUGAUAGGAUGGAUCUUGUUUGGAGAUGUGCCAUGAGCUUAUUUGAAGACGGGCGGCAUAAUGAGGCAGAAGAGCUGUUUGUGCAGGUGAUGGAGAUUCGCAAGAAGAAACUCGGGGCCGACCAUCCAGACACGCUGACGAGCAUGGCGAACCUCGCGUCGACAUACAGGAAUCAAGGCCGCAAGAAGAAACUCGGGGCCGACCAUCCAGACACGCUGACGAGCAUGAACAAUCUCGCAUUCACAUGGAAAGGACAAGGCCGUGAUGAAGAGGCAAUUAGACUCCUGGAAGAAUGUGUUUUGUCACGCACGUGUGUGCUAGGACAUUUUCAUCAUCUCACAGUUAAUUCAACCGAGGCACUAGCUGGAUGGAGAGCAGAACAAUCGGGCAUUGAUAGGGGGGUUUCAUAG